AUGGCAAUCAAGGUCCAUGGACACCCUUUGUCUGCAUCAACACACAGAGUUCUUGCAACCCUAGCAGAGAAAGAACUGGAUUAUGAGUUUAUUCUUGUUGAUUUAGCAACUGAUCAGCAUAAGUCACAGGCUUUUCUUUCACUCAAUCCCUUUGGUCAAGUGCCAUUCUUUGAAGAUGGAGAUCUAAAGCUCUUUGAAUCAAGGGCAAUCACCCAAUACCUUGCACAUACAUUUGCAGACAAGGGAACCCCACUGACAGCCCAUGAUCCGAAGAAAAUGGCAAUCAUUUCACAGUGGACAGAAAUUGAAGCCCAUUGUUUCUAUCCUCCAGCCUCCAAACUAGCCUAUGAGCUCGUGAUCAAGCCGAUAAAUGGCGAGACUAAGGAGGAAGAAUCCGUUGUCUCUCAGCUCGAAGCCAGAUUGGCCGAAGUUCUCGACAUUUACGAAUUGCACCUCGCACAAUCCAAGUAUUUGGGCGGGGAUUCCUUCACAUUGGCUGAUUUGCAUCACUCGGCAGUUAUCAACUUCCUGAUGGGCACAAAACUUAAAGCCCUUUUCGAUGCGCGUCCGCAUGUUAGUGCAUGGUGUGCCGAUAUUCUGGCCAGGCCAGCUUGGAAAAAGAUUGUUGCAGCGACGAAGUAUUGA